AUGUUAUAAAAACUCAUAAGAUAUUAUAAAUCCUAUUAUCAUGGUGUUUCGAGUAUUCCAUUAACUUAUAAGACAAUUGGAUAAUAACUUUAAGAUAUUACUGAGAAAUAUCCAGACAACAUAGCAGUACAUAAUAAUUUUAUCAUAGAUCAUUUCUUAAUUAUAAGGAAUAGACAUGAAAUAUUCUGAAUUAUAUACAAGAAGUAAAGAACUUGCAGCUGCCUUCAUUGCAUUAGGAUUAGAAAAAGGAGAUAGAAUUGGAAUAUGGUCACCUAAUAAUGUAGAAUGGGCAUUAACCUAAUUUGCUGCUGCUAUGGCUGAUCUAAUUUUAGUCAAUAUUAAUCCUGCAUACUAAAGUUUAGAAUUAGAAUAUACACUUAAUAAAGUAGGUUGUAAAGCAUUAAUAAUGAAAUCAUCAUUCAAGCACUCAAACUAUGUUGCAAUGAUAAGGGAAUUGGCACCUGAAUUAGAUACUCCUGGACAUUUAUAAUCAAAGAGACUACCCUAUUUAAAAUGUAUCUAAAAUUAUUAUAAAAAUUAGCUGCUAUAAUUAUUGAUAAUAUUCAUAAACAUGGAUUUUACAAUUUUAAAGAUAUAUUUUCUCUAAGCAAUGCCGAUCAUCUUCAUGAAGUAGACAGUCGAAUGGAGAAAUAAGAUCCAGAUGAUAUUACAAAUAUUUAAUUUACAUCUGGUACAACAGGUUUACCAAAAGGAGCAUCUUUAAGCCACAUUAACAUUCUUAAUAAUGGUAAAUAUGUUGGAGGAAGAAUAAAUUAUACUGAGAAAGAUAUUGUAGCUAUAGCAGUUCCUUUAUAUCAUUGUUUUGGAAUGGUUCUUGGAAAUUUAGCCUGUAUAAAUUAUGGUUCAACCAUGGUAUAUCCUAGUGAUGGAUUUAGUGCUGCAGCUACUUUAGAAGCUGUUACAAAUUAUAAAUGCACAUCAAUUUAUGGAGUUCCAACUAUGGUAUUUUAAAACAUUUAUUAUUUUUAGUUUAUUGAAUACAUAAAUGAAUAUGAGAAACAUAAUCUUAAAUAUGAUGUAUCAAGUUUAAGAACUGGAUUAAUUGCUGGAUCUUUGGCAUCUGAAGCACUCAUGAAAUAAAUUAUUAAUGUUUUAGGAGUUAAAGAUAUUUCAAAUUGUUAUGGAUAAACAGAAUGUAGUCCUAUAACAUGUUAGAAUAAACCAUCUGAUUCAUUUGAAAUUAAAACUACUAAAGUAGGAUGUCCAUUAAAUGCAGAAGUGAAAAUAAUUGAUUCAAAUGGAAAUGUAGUACCUUAUGAUACACCAGGAGAGUAUUGUGCUAGAGGUUAUAGUGUUAUGAAGAAAUAUUGGGAUGAUGAAAAAGCUACAAGGGAAACAAUAGAUAAAAAUGGAUUUUUACAUAGUGGAGAUAUUGCUACAAUGGAUAAGGAUGGAUAUAUAGCUAUUGUAGGUAGAAGCAAAGAUAUGAUAAUAAGAGGUGGAGAAAACAUAUAUCCAAAAGAAAUAGAAGAAUAUUUAUCUCAUAUGAAUGGUGUAGAAUAAGUUUAAGUAAUUGGAUGUAAUGAUGAAAAAUAUGGUGAAGAAGUUUUUGCAUUAAUAAAAAUGAAGAAAGAUGCUGAAGAAAUAACUGGAUUAGAUGUUUAUUAAUAUUGUCAUAAGAAAAUAGCUUAUUACAAAAUUCCAAAAUUUGUUAAAUUUGUAAAUGAAUUUCCAUAAACAAUAACAGGUAAGCCAUAAAAAUUUAAGAUGAGAUAAGAUAUAAAUAAGGAAUUAGAAGACCCUAAAUGUGUAGAACUAUAUUAAAUUAGAUGA